AUGGCGAGACCAACUAGGCAAAUAGGACCAUCGUCCACCCUACCUACCAGCACCACGACCCUAACCCUAGAAAACCCAUCUCCACCCCCGUCCACCUCACAACCUCGGCAAACCCUAACUCUACAACUACAACGCAAGAAUAAGAAGAAGGUGACGUGGAAAGAAGGCACCGUUGACAACGAGUUUUUGGAGAAGAAGUCCUCCAAGAAAUGCUGUAUUUUUCACAAACAAAAGCCCUUCGACGAGGAUGACAGCGACGUCGACGAGGAUGAUGAUAGGAAUGCCAAGGAUCCGUCCGGAAAGGAUCAUAAUCAUGGUCAUAAUGAUGAUGCCAGUACGAGCCAAUUUUGUGGGCAUUGA